AUGACGUUUGGUAAUGCCGGAAAAGAGAGAUGUAUGAUUUUGUUACUGUCCAUUGUGAUAAAGUUAAAGCCGCCUGUGAUUCAUUCUCCAUCCUUCCUCUUCAACAACUGCCUUUAUACUGUUGCACAGCAUUAUACUGAAUCCGGUACUGAUGAAAUUUAUUUACAAAGAAUCGACUUGAGCAAGUAUCCGAAUGAUAAGAGUUCAUUAUCAACAACAUCGUCAUCAUCAAAUGCAUCGCACGCGUUGCCUUUUCAAGAUAUCAGAGCUGAUGAUUAUGCAACAAAUAAUAGACGGAUGAAAUUAACAUCUGACAAUUUUAAUGAUAGAGUUGAUGGUGAUGAGGACAUGGAUGAUGUUUUUGAUACUACCAGUGAUGAGGAAAAGAAAGAUCGUGUCGUCAUAACUUAUUUUCAUUAUAAGUUUGAUGAUAACGAUCACGCAUUUACCAGAAAAGGAUUCAACAACUGGAAACAUGCCUUAGACAAAUUUAAAGCUCACGAAAAAUCACUAAGCCACCAGGAAGCGUACUUAUGCAAACAAGGGCUUGCAAUAUGGGGUAAAACGGACAGUACUGCCAACUUUAAUAAUUUGUUAAAAAUACAUUGUGAAGAUAGCAAAGAAUUGAGCUCUUGGCUGAAAAGAAGCGGAUACAAAUGGAAUUCACGUGAAAUCCAGAUUGAAACCAUUGAAAUGUUGGCAUUUUCAGUUUUAAAAAUAUUUAUAUCUGAACUGUUUUUUUUUGCCCCAUUUUACUCAAUAAUGAUUGAUGAAUCUACAGAUGCUAGUACGAUUGUAGUAAUUCAAAAAAAGAAAUCCAAAGAGUAUAUUUUCCACUUCAAUAUCAAAAAUUGGGGAGCUGGUGAAACAAACAGUCCGGCAGACGGUAGAGAUUAUUGCGUGGAAAAUAAGAUAGUCGGGUCGGCCAGUCUGGAAUGA